CUGUCUGGACGUUGUUCAUAACUCGUCCAUUGUCGAGCGACUCCUUUUGAUUUUCCGUGUUCUGCUAUAACGCAUUGCUUCUCCCGCACAUAGUCUGGUUCGACAAGUCGUGCCGAGCAGCCCCUGAAGCGCUGUCCAAGGUCGGGCUUCGACGGUGUCACAACAUACAGAUUUGCGUUUUCGGUCGAGAGACUACAGUUUUCCCAGCGAUCUCAUUUACUGGGUGAUCGGGAGGCCUCGCACUAACUCAGCUAGUUACGCCCUAACUUUGCACACGAAUUCGAUUAUCGUCGCCUGGCAGCCAGAACCGGCGGUGAAUUGGGCCAGACAACGCACGCAUGAAUGCCGUUCUUGUGUGGUGAAACACCCGGAUGAUGUUCAUUUCUUCCAACGUUUUCCAACACAAAGAAGGCACUCUCGGACGUGAUCUCUCGGCUGGGCAUAAGUCGGGUACUGUCCUGGUGCUGCACCCGUUGCCAUCACUCAAAGAGGGAGAGAAACCCGCCGAAAAGAAGACACUGGGCCAGUAGACCAGGCAUUCUCCCGUGGCUGUUCUUCUGCCUUUCGCCACCCUAAAACGAAACUUGUUUGCCUCACUUUAUUGAAGUUCUUUUUCGCGCGUCUCCAGUUUCCUCCCCCUUGUCCCAACGAUGGGACAAGCGGGGGUGAGCCCCCGCUUUUCGGCGUGUCUUUCGAGGAGCGCGAAGCAGAGCGUAACCCUAAGGAACCAUUAUUCUAUGCGUGUGGCGUCGGGCCCAUGUUUAGCGCCAUGCAGUCUUAUAUAUUCGCGUUGUUUACUGCCGCUUCCAGUUCGCACCGUCCCUGUUUCGUCGUCCCUGGUCUGGGGCACCUCACGGUCCCCCGUUGCUGCUUUUUGUCUUCGCCCGCUGUCCUCUGUCUCCUCUUGUGUCCCUCGUUUCCCCAGCUCUUCGCGAAACCCUGAGUCUCCUCGUCUGUCGACGGGGCUUCGCUCUCCUCCCGGGUCCUUCCUGGAUCCGACAUCUCAAAUGCGACAAGUCGCGCGAGGGUCUUGCCAGUCUUUCUCGUCGCUGAACCUUCAGAACGCUUCCUUCCACUCCUGUUAUAUGUUUAUCUCCCGCUCUCUCCCGGCGCAUCUUGUUCCACGUGUCUCAAGUGCAUGCGUGGCUUCCUCAGUCGCGUCUCCGCCUUGUCUCUCGCCCUGCGGUAUCACUGCAGUUCCCUUGCGGCGAGGGGGUUUGGCCCCACACGCUAAAGAGCCUGUCCGUGGCACCUGCACAGACCGCGAGAUUUCUGCUUCUUCCUAUGCUGCCGCAUCUGUCUAUCCUAAAGGGUACGGCCGCGGCACCGUCCCUGCCGUCUCCGUUUCACCUUCCUCAUCUGCUUAUCUUCUCGCUCCUUGUGAAUCUGCCCACACUCGUGUGGCCUCGUAUGUCGCCGCCGCAGGUGGCGUGCCUAGGCGCGGCUCGUCACCCUUUUGUCGUCCCUUUUGCCGGUUGUCGCAGCCGCGCCUAGAAUCUGGGGGUCCCCCAGGAGCCGCAGAGAGAGACACAGAUCGAGUGAAGAAAGAAGGUGGACGACACAGGGAAGGGAGAAAUGCAGAGCGCGGAGACGCAGACGGUGGAACGAGUGCACUGCGAGUCACGCGAGAGCAGUUCCAUGAUGGGUCUAGGGGCCUGUUUCGCCCGCAUCCCUUCAAUCGACGUUUCGCCAGGGUUCGCAAGCCUGUCUUUCCGAUAGAGGCAAGAAACCUAAGGCUUAUGUACAAGCGCAAAUCGAAGCGACGCCGAGGAAGGGGAGACAAAAGCAACGCGAAGGGUAUCAGAUGGAAGCACGUUCACCAGCAGGCUGGACGCUACAAGGGCCCUCGAAGUCGCACGUUUGAGGGUGGGAAGCUGCCUCUUUACAGACGCAUUCCCAAGUGGCCAGAUGCCUGGCUUGCCCGGCAGCGGAAGGUGCUGGAGCCUCUGAACCUGGCAAAGCUGCGGACAUUCAUUGAGAGCGGUCGCCUCGAUACGAGAUUCACCAUCACCCAGCGGCAUCUGAACGACAGUCGAUGUGUGAAAGUGAAGAACGGCGUUAGCCUUUUCAAUGUGAACGAUUACCCCUUCCCCUACAAAAUCAGCAUUGAAGUGGCAGGCGCCGAUCAGUCGUCGAUUGACGCCAUUCGCCGUGUUGGCGGCGAGGUCAUCAUUGUCUAUCGGAAUCGUCUCAAUCUGCGGGCUCACAUUAAACCCUACAAGUUUGAGGUUCUUCCCAAAACAGCGAGACCGAAUCUGGAAAUGGUACACUAUCUGGAGAAGAUGCGAGCACGCGGCUGCGUUGUGAAAUACGUGAAGCCCCAGUGGCUGAUUGAUGAAGAGAAAAGCUUAAAGACGGAGCUUGCGGAGUUCGAGGCAGAAGCUCUUAUUGCGAAAGGGGAAGCUAUUGAGAGAGGCGACCCUGAUUUGCGCGAGAGCGUCGACGACCUGCAACAGCGCCUCCUGAAGCGCUUCCGCCUGCGGGAGACGCGCGCGGCGGAGUUGCUCCGCCACCAGGAGGCUGGCGAAAAGGACCAGGCAGCAGUGGAUGAAGAAACGAGAGAGUGACUGGCGUGCAUGCAAGGGCGAGACCGUGUAGAAAAGUAGCGACUUAAGAGUGAUGAUUCUCGCCUCCCCGAGAGAGGAACGCGGGAACCGGUGCGACCUAUAGCGAGAACAAAAGGUCCACGAGAACUUUCCGCAAUCUGAAAAGAAGUUCAAGAGCGAACACGUGCCACACACCUACUCGGGGAGAGCUGGAUGGCUGGAUAACAAGCGACCGGGCUUUUGGGGUCGGGGUGGUUCUUUUUUCACACCGAAAGGCGAAAGACUCUAGCCCAUUCUUCGGCGGCGCCGAUGUGGAAGGCGGCGAUGACUACUCGAGUGAUCUAGUGAUGCUCGUCAAUUGCCCGUUUCACCCGGGAUAGGAGCCCCAGGCUCUGCAGUGUCUAAUGCCACCCGAAUGCUUUUUGCAAUGUCGAUGGCGUGGUGGGCCUUCAGGCCAUCACAUGCACGGAUAUAUUUACAUAUACGUCUUUGUAUAUGUAUGUAUACGCAUGCCUCUUGACGUAUAUAUAUACAUAUAUAUAUAUAUAUAUAUAUAUAUGCAGAUAUCGAUAUAUUUGGAUUCGAGGCCUUCAGGAGCAUCUUUGAAGAGGCAGGGUGUUCAACAAUGUCACUUCUUGCCGCCGUUUGGCAGAGACGUAAUAUCUUUCGUCGAGGCAGCGGCCUCCUGCCGUCGAGUUCUCUUCUGUCUUCAGUGCAUAGGAGCGACACCAGGAAAGCGUCACUUGCUCGAGCCUGUUUUUUUUCGAGAGGUGCGGGUCCACCGUCCUGCACAUCGACGGGGAAGAACACGCAGGACUCUUCUCGAAACUGAAGUUACUC